AUGCAGGUGCGUAUGCAAGCUUUGGCACGAUACUACGCUUCAUCAUCAAAACGACGUUAUAAUGCUGUUCAGCUGGAUCAUCCAUCUCCAUAUGAGGCAGUUACCUAUGGAUUUGGUUAUGACAGCAGCGUGGAUGAUUACAAGUUUGUAAGAAUUGUCUACCGUGAGAAUUGUAAUCAUUCUCAACUAGAGGUCUAUACAUUAGGAUCGGGUUUAUGGAAAACUAUUGAAGAAAUUCCUUAUACGUUCUCUGAGACAACAGAUCGUCCUGGUUUGCUUUUGAAUGGAGCUUUUCAUUGGUUAUGCACCGCCGAAAAGACCUCCUCCUCAUCUGAAGUUAUUGUUAGUUUUGACAUUAGCAAUGCGAGACUCAUUGACGUGUCUAUUCCUGAAGAAACUACGAAGCAGGAAAAACUUGUGGGAGUAUUGACAGACUACCUUUGUUUACUGAGCAGCACCAGAAGUCGCAUUCAUGUGUGGGUUAUGAUGGAUUAUGGAGUGAAAGAUUCGUGGGAUAAGCUAUUUAACUUUGAAUCUUAUAAUUUAGAGUGGAGUCCGCUAUGGAUUCAAAAUAGUGAAAUUUUUAUGGCAGCUAAGAACGAAUCUUUUUCGUAUGAUCCGAAGAAAGACAUACUUAGAUAUGCGUUUGUUUUUGCCCCCGCGAAGGAUAAUCUAAGAUUGGAGAAACAGACAACGAGAGUUUUUGUUAUUAUGUGA